AUGGCUAAAAACGUUCAGCUGAAGUCAUUACAAAGGAGAGAGCGACAAAUAGUGCUUCUAAUGGAUAGUGUAGAACGAUUUGUGCAAAAUUACGAAGCAGAACGUGAUGAGUGUCAGAUUGCUUCAAGGCUUGAAGCCUUGGAGCCUGUGUUUGGUGAAUUUCACGAAGUGAGAAGCAAAAUUGAGAUGAUAGUGUUUGAAAGUGAAGAGAAGAAAGACAAGGAGCUCUACGGCGAAGCAAAAGAAGAAGCUGGAUUCCAGCGGGAAGAAGAAAACGACAAGAUACUGCUUAGCUUUGAGGAUCGUUUCUUCCAGCUAAAGGGUGCGCUUUCGAAGUUGCAGUGCAGCCGGCAUCAACCUGCAAGCUUGAGCGAGUCUUCUCACAAUCAUGAGCGUGUGUCCAUGGGAUCGAGAGUCAAGCUGCCAGAGAUUCGAUUGCCCAGUUUUGGUGGAAAGCUUCGCGAUUGGGUUUCGUUCCGCGAUAGCUUCCAGAGCCUAAUCCACAACAACGAGCAACUCGCACCCAUGGAGAAGUUUACCUAUCUGAGGUCAGCUCUCCCCGGCGAUGCACUGAAGGAGAUACUCUCUAUUGAGCUGUCAGAUGCUAAUUACAUCAUAGCUUGGGACAUUCUGACGGAGCGGUAUGAGAACAAAAAACUCAUAGUAAAGGCAUACUUAGACGGAUUGUUUUCGUUGGAAUCGAUCCGAAAAGAAGGUUACGACAGCAUCAACUAUCUCAUAACUGAGUUUGAGAAAAACCUAAUGAUGCUGCAGAAGGUUGGCGAAGACACCGAUGGUUGGAGCACCAUACUAGCGCAUAUGCUCUACACCAGGCUAGACUCUGUCACUCUAAGAAAUUGGGAAACUCAUCACAACAGCACAGAAGUGCCAAAAUAUGAGGACAUGAGAAAGUUCCUACGCAACUACUGUUCCGUUCUGCAGUCAGUCGCUCCUGCCAAAGAACCCCGCUCCAAUAUCGCCGAUCACAAGCAGCCUAGAGGUCAGUCAAACGCCUUGAAGCCGCCAAUCGAAGUAGAGUCUGCCGAAAUUGUCUGCAGCCUGGACAUUUCGCAUCGAAUUGCAAUCGUAGCAGUUGUCGGUUGUGUCAACAAAGGCAUCACACUAUGCUGCAUGCUACGCGAUCCUCCGUUCAAAAUCCGUCGAAUUCGAGACCCAGUCAACAGUCAAAUGCACAACCUAUUACCCAAAGAAGCACCCAAGUUUAUGCACAGCAAACUCACCAACAGCAAAGACAACACGCCAGACCAAUAG